AAUGAGCCGGAGAGGCACCGCGGUCUCGCUGCGCCAACUGGACUUUGGCGUUCCUGGAGCAAAGGACUGGGCGAGGUCGCCUUCCCAAACCAGUGCUUUCCAGCGUCCCACCCCAGGUGCUGCUUCUCACCUGGGCACAUUGAUUUUAAAAAUAGCCACCCAUUGAAAUCCUCCCUUGACCCAUUGUGCCCAUUUCCUAGACAGAGGGAGGCUUCCCCAGGCAUUGGGGCCAUCGUAGUAUUUUCUUAAACUGGUCUUGUACGUCCUGAAUGGUUUCUCCAAUUGCUGCCAGAGGUGCCAACUCUUGCGUCCCCUCCGAGGGCAUCUCGUAGAGCUGAGGCUCGCCAACGGACGUGGCACAGUGUCCCCUUUUGUCUUUUCUUGGGCUUCCCAUGCUUUGCAAAACCAGUGGCAUUGAGCAGCUCCAAAGAUGGAGGUGGGGUGACAUUGCCCAUCCAUGUCUGUGGAGAAGAGUCUAUUGGCAAUUGUACAGCAAGGUCUCCUUAUCCACGGGGGCACUGAAGUCUGUGCCCGUCAUACUUCUGGAACUCGGUUGCCCACAGAAAGUACUGCAAGCGCCAAGAGGACCGUGACAUAUAUCCAAACUGAAACCGAACCUUGCCCGGGGGUUCUUCCUGGAUGUAUUAUUCUCUCUUGGAUUGCAAGUGUGUGUGUGAGAGAGAGAGAGAAUGAAAGAUGGAGGGCGCACGAUUGGCACCUGGAUCAUGGAAUCGCUCCUGAGGAUGUUCUCCACUCUGCUGGACAGAGUGCGCUGGUGGGACGGGCACGGUUUUCCUCUCCUGCGCCAAAUCCGUGCCGUGCCCACUUUGGGUUGCCCGUUGGAUGGAGUCCUUCGUUCAGUGGGGCACGGAGGGGUCAACGUGGCCAGUAUUGUGUCUGAAUGUCUGCUGGGUGUGUGUGUGUUGGGAACUGAUCCAUAAGGACCGAUCCAUAUGGCUGUUUUCCUCGCUCAUGGUUGUCCUUUUGGGCCCUCCCUCCAGGUGUUUUGGACUCCAACUCCCACCAUUCCUAACCAUCUCAGGCUCCUUCCUUUUCCUCCUCAGCCACUUAAGCUAAGGGGGAAAAGGAAGGCCAGGUGUGUGAGGCAUGAUCUCAUGGUUUCUUGGUCAGGCUUGGGUCAGGGCAGGCUAUUAUAUUUGUACUUUGGACUCCAAGUCCCACCAUUCCUAACAGCCUCAGGACCCUGAGGCUGUUAGGAAUGGUGGGACUUGGAGUCCAAAACACCCGGAGAGAGUUGUCCCAUACACCGGGCACAAGUGUUGUCCUUUUGGCUAGUGUCUCAAGUCCGAUUUGAUGCCCACCUUCGGUGCCCGCCGCCCCACCUUGGUCACAAACAGAGCACAAAACGAAACCGGGCCACCCGCUCCGACGACGGCGCCUGCCCUGGCAAUAAAGCUCUAUUUUGGUCUUCCUGGCGCAGCAGCGUGGCGUCCUUCAAUGACCUCGGGAAGGAGGGAGGGAGGGGAGGCGGGCGGGCACAACAUGGGCAACGCAUUUCAGCCCUCAGGGGAAACGGUGUCAGGCACAAUGCCCGUAAAGGUUUCGCUUUGGUGCACCCAGGCUAGUUCUGUUACUAUGGCAACCCCAGCAUCCCAAGCAUCAAAGGCUGGUUGGUGUUUUUAUUUUAUUUUUUUGGACGUCCACUGUAUAAAUAGGGCAUGAUGUCACUUGGCUCACUGUUCCGGAUUUUGAUUUGCGCCGUGCCACAAUUGGGGGAAGCGUUGGCAACCCCUCGGUCGCAUUUGUGGUCCAGAGAAGUCCCACUGAUCUGAAUGGGGUUUCCAAAUGGGAGCGGUGAGGUUUAGGACUCGGAUUCUGCCAGGACAGAGUUUGAAUCCUGCUCUUCUCGGCGGUGGAACUCGGAAGAAAUCUUGCCCACUUGAGGAACACAUUGGCUUUCAAAGGGCGGGCGUUGAUGACUCCAACUCCCAGUGUCCCUCGCUCUCAGGUCUGCAAGCUGCAUCUAAUCCAGUGGUUCCCAACCUUUGGGGCCUCCAGGUGUUUUGGACUUCAGCUCCCACACUUCCUAACAGCUGGGAUUUCUGGGAGUUGAAGUCCAAAACACCUGGAGGACCAAAGGUUGGGAACCACUGAUGUAGGUCAACCCCGUUAGCCGCCCCGACUCCCUUUGGGGAGAUGGAAGUGGGGUACAAAAUAUAAUAAUAAUCAUCAUCAUCAUAAUAAUCCCAUACUUUGGGACUCCAAUUCCCAGUGAGCCCAAUAGUCAGGGAUUCUGGGAAGUGAAAUCCCAAACAUCUGGAAGGGCAAAUGUGGGGCUUUUUUUCCUGUUGGGGCUCCCGUGUCUUUAAGGGAACUUGGACCCAGCCUUGGCCCAUCCCUCCAAGGCCCAGAAGAAAGGGAGUCCUCAAUCUCCCAUGACUCUUCAGGAGCGCAAAAGGUUAACUGGUCUGGCCAGCUUCCUGCCAGGGGAAGAAGGCAGCCAGACCGGUUGGUGAGCCACCCCUUUCCUGGAAGAGGAGGAGGAGGAGGAGGAGGAGGAGGAGGAGUUCUUUGCGCCUGCCCUUCCACGUCUUCCGUCCACAAUGUCUCCCGCUGCCUGGGGCUGAAGCAGCUUGGUGUCUUGAGCAGCUGGCACACGUAAGUGGGCACAUAGGUGGGCACCCUUGCAUUGGGUUGCCGGUCUGAGCGUUGGACUCCAGGCUCCAACCCUCGCUUGGCCACAAAACCCUCCUCAGGUGGGUGAGCCGCACUCUCUCAGCCUCAGAGGAAGGCCACCCAAGAAGAGCUUUGGCAUCUCAAUGCCCGACGGGCAAAGGAUGCCCAAGAAGUCUUCCUUGGCUCCGAUUCCAGACUGUUGACCCUGAUGGCUGCAGAGUCGACCCACUUCAUGCGAUGCCUGAGCCAGAUCCAUCAGGUCAUCGGGAAGGCCAACGAGAUCCUGUCCGGGAUCAGCCGACCCUCUGUGUGCAGCGAGGUGCUGGGUUCGACCCCUGGGAUGGCCUAUAUUUUGGGGCUCUCCGAGGUCUACCGGGUCUCCAAGCGCCUGGAGCGUGGGGCCAAGGCUCGGGCGCUGGCGGGGGAACGGCUGGAGCAGGCCCUGCGCGAAGUGGACUUGGCCUGGAACAACCUCUUGGCCUUCGUGGCCUUUGGACGCGCUGCCUUCCAAACACUGGAUGGCCAGCUUUUGGAGCCCUCGGUCGGGAGUCCCCCUCCGUGCCCUCCUCCAGACCCCCAAGCCCUCUGUGGGGUUUGUCUAACCGAGGUCAAGCAGGAGCCCCAGCUCCAUUCGGGCAAUGCCGAUCCGGUGAGCUACCAGGGCAGCCAUUUCCAUGCCGGCUGUGCCAACUUCUGGCUCAACUGUGUGGAUGCCACUCUGCCGUCUCCCAGCACAACACAAUCCUCCCUUUGGCCGGAUGCCGACAACCCUCCAGACAUUUUGCGAAGCCCCAGAAGUUGAUGAACUGAUUAUUAUGAUUUUUGAACACGAAAAGGCUUUUGAUAUGAUGCUGCUCUUUGUUUAAAACGGUUUUCAUGGAA